AUGCGGAACCAGAACGGAAACGCCAUUGUUGAAGACGGAGAGGGGAGCCUGAAGCUCCAAAUGCCGGAGCCCGUGGUUGGAGCUAUCGGCGAAGAGGUUCAGCAGAGGCUCCGCCAGAAGUGGAGCAGAAGCUCCACUGCGUUCGAGCCACAGCGGGAGGAGCAGGACGAUUCGAUCAUCGCCGGCGGCAGCGGCAGAGAUGGAGGCUCUUCCUCUUUCUUUCAAGCCCCGGAGAAGAAGCUCACCCUCUUCGCCCUUCGCCUCGCCAUCCUCGAGAAGGUCGCCAGCAGACUCGGUGCUCUGGGAUUUGUCUGGGCGACCGUCGUUCUCCUCGGUGGCUUCGCCAUCACCCUCAGCAACACCGAUUUCUGGGUCGUCACCGUCAUCCUGCUCGUCGAGAGCGCCCGCAUCUUUAGCCGGAGCCACGAGCUGGAGUGGCAGCAUCAGAGCACCUGGUCUUUCGCCGAGCUCCGCCGCAACAGUUUCCGCCUCCUUCGCUCUCCUUCCUUCGCCUUCCUCCGUCGGAUGAACCCAUCGUCAGCCCUAAGUGACGCGCGCUCUGUUGUGGCCUCUUCGGGGCGGCGGCGGACAUGGGAGUCCGGCGAAGUGCCGCUGCUGCCCUACGCCCGCUGGUUCUUCCUGUCGAGCAACAUCAGCAGGGCUCUCUACUGGUUGCAGCUGGCUUCGGCGAUGGCCUGCGUCACUCUGUCGUUGGAGAGGCUCAUCAGUCAGGACUAUGGCGAGAUCGAGAAGUGCGACACUGAUAAGCGCAACCGCAAGGCGGCGCUUUUCUUGUUCUACGGGACGGCUCUUGCAGAGGCGGCGCUCUUCCUCGCAGAGAAGGCCUACUGGGAAUGGAAGAUAUCCUUCUGCAAGCUCCUCGAGCGGGUAAGCAAGGAAUGCGGCUUCGGCCCCGCGGGAAGCCUCUACGUACGCCGCUUCUUCUACGAUGCCUACUCGAUGUGCAUCAAUGGCAGCAUCUUCGACGGGCUGAAGAUGGACCUCGUCUCCUUCGCCGAGGAGCUCCUGGUUUCCGACUCCGGCAACGAGCAGCUCAUGGGCGCCCAGAUAAUCAAGACGUUUGCAAAGAGUGAAAAGUUCGCGGGAGAGACUCUUCGAAAGGUGGGCAACUCGGAGGGGGUGAUCCAGCGAUUGCUGGAGAUGCUCAACUGGAAGAACCCAGCGGAAGCCAAGAUCCGUCUUUCGGCAGCAGAAAUCGUCUCCAAGCUCGCAGGGAAGAACCAGAAGGCUCUCCGCCUCGCUGGGAUUCCCGGUGCCAUGGAGUCUAUCGCGUCCCUUCUUCACACCAGUCAAUUUUCAUGCGUCGAGGAGUUAACAGACGAUUAUUUCUCUGCGCUGAAUUUGCUGGGCCUGCUGAUAUUGAAGAAGGUCACCCGAGACCACGGCAACUGCGGUAAGAUCGGGAACACCCGUGGCCUGCUGUCGAAGAUCAUCGACUUCACUGGCGACGGCGAGAAGAUGCUGAGAAAUGGCUAUUUGACGGAUGCCCAGGUCACGGCCUUCAGGAGGUCUCUCCAGCUGGUGAAGAGGUUGGCGAGGGCAACGGGUCCGACGGGGGAGCAGCUCCGGAGGGAAAUAUCCGAGAAUGUCUUCUCCAUCAGCAACAUCCGGGAGAUACUGCAGUACGGAGAGAACAACAAGGUGCUGCAGAAUCUGGGUAUUGACAUAUUGACAAGCUUGGCGAUGGACGAGGAGGCGAGGGAGAGAAUCGGAGGCACCGGUGGGGUGAUACAGCAGUUGUUCCGCAUCUUCUUCAACCGGGAGACGGAGGCGGGAGAGGCCCUGGCAAUGCUGGCGCUGGACAGUCCUAAAAAUUGCCAGCGGAUGCUGAAGCUAAGCGUGGUUGACCCUCUGGUCGCCGCGCUGAAGGACCCCGUACUGCAAGUCAACUCAUCGAGGAUUAUGAGAAACUUGUGCGCGUACGGCGAUGCCACCUCCUACAAUCAACUCUACGGAGUCUCCGCCGCCGCCAUUCCCACCGUGAGUAUUAUUCGUUAUUGAAGCGGAUACUACUUCUUUAUCGGAUAUUAUUACCACCGUGAGUUUACAGAAGCAGCUAGCUAGCUGGAGGAUCAUUGGCCUAUCGCUCUUGCAGGUACUAAACGCAGCAGCAAUGGCUGAUGAGGAGAAGCUGCUGGAGGUGUCGAUUGGCCUCGCCACCCAGAUCCUCAGAUUCACCAGUACAGAAGAACUGGCGAGGGGAUUCCGAAUGGCCGCCGUCACGAAGGACAAGCUGGCCGAGAAGCUCGUCUCUACACUGGAGAGGUACGAACGGCCGUCAGUCAACGUCCCAAGAAUGCGGAGGUUCGCUAUCGAGUUAGCGAUCCAGAUGAUGAGGUCAAGCCCAGAGACGAUUCUCCGGUUCGAGCGCUACGGGAUGAUGAGCCAGCUGCAGCGCGUGGUGGAGACGACUUCGGAGCUCGAGAGCUUCCGAGUCUUCUCCGGCAGCGUCGGGGUAAACCGGCACGCCGCCAGCGUUGUUUCGCUCGCCGAGACGGCCAUGGCAUUCCUCCACCGUGAUCAGAGCGUAUAA